AUGCACGCUCGGCUUCCCAGCCUCACCCGAUUCAGCAAUGUGUACCUGAGAAAUAGGGGGUUCGAUGUGGUCGAAAAGGUGAACAACCGUGACGGUGCUGGAAUUGUCUUUGCCAAAAAGAACCCUUGGAUCAAGUGGAGUUCCAGGGUAGAUAUCAAACGGGCGAAAGAGAAUGGGUACUACGACAAGUGGCAGGAAAAAGUACGUCUUGCUGGCCACAGUCGGGAGCCGACCCUUUCCGAUGAAGGCUCCGAUUGGGACGAAUACGAGGACGAUGGGGAAGAACGGUAUGAUUGGGAAAAAUAA